UGGCAUUUUGCAUUACAGAUCUUCCGUAAGAGCACAAAUGGCAGCGGCUAUAGAAGAUCCAAGUGUCUUCAAAGUAAAGAAAGCUUUUGAUCUUCUUAAAGAAGCUAUGGAAGAAGAUCAAGACAACCUCAUCGAUAAAGUUCGUGGAAUAUAUUGCUUCAAGGUUAAAAAUUCUGAUGGUAAAGAGGGCAUGUGGAUAAUCAAUGCCAAAACUGGAAAAGGAAACGUAACUUACAAUGGAAAAGAAAAACCUGAUGUAACAAUCAUCGUUCAUGAUGAUGAUGUGGUGGAUCUGCUGUCUGGCAAGUUGAACCCCCAGAAAGCAUUCUUCCAAGGAAAAAUCAAAAUUCAAGGGAAUAUGGGAUUAGCAUUGAAGCUGACUGAACUCCAGAAAAAAGCAUCCGCUAAAAUUGAAGUGCUCCGAGCAAAAUUGUAAAAUGGUGAUUUUCAAGUCUGAGAAUAUCUAUAUCAAUCAUUCCUUCUACCUUACAGAAAAAAAGCUGCUGGUGAGUUGUUUUUUUUUACCAAUCAAUGGAGAGCAUUAAUUUUAUUUUCUUUUUACACCUCCAAUGAAAUCUGUGAAACACAAGCUUGAAACUCACUUGCUCAAAAAUAAAUUAAAAACUUGAUGAUGCAUUUCGGACAUCCAGCUAAUUAAUGUCAGGUUCAUUUCUCUCCGUAAUAUUUUCGUCUCUCUUCUAUUAGCGCUAUUGUCCAGUAUUUUUAAACCAAACGCGGUCAAAUCUUUUACCAAGCCCCCUCAAUAGAGAGAGAAAGAGAGAGAGAGGGAGAGGGGGCUUGGACAAUCAUAUAAAAAACAAUUUUUUGCUUAAAACUUUUGAAUGAUUUUAGAUACAGAGCUAAACUUUGGGUUCUCAAAUUUAUACCAUUGGUUAAUUUUCAACCAGUUCAUCGCUCAUCAAAAGUUUCAUCCAUCAAAUCAAGUAUCAAAUUUUUCGUCAGUGCGAAAAUCGAAUUUUCAUAGUGCAUAGGAGCAUGAGCUGCAUGCAGAUGAAGAUAAGAUGGAUGCGUGGUUAUUUAUAUUCUCCACCCUUAGAGGCAUGGGCAAAGUGAGUUUUUAACUUUUGUUUCAUUUAUUAUGGAGAGUUAUUUUUUGUUUCAUUUUUUAUAUUUUGGAUUUAUUCUCCUUAAUAAUUAGUGUCAGAAUACUCUUGUUUAGAACUGACGGAAAAAUUUAUGAAUCUUUUAUUUUUAUAUAAGUAACCUGUGGUGAUAUGUGAAUUUACUUCCUCUGCUGUCUCUAGUUUUAAGUCAAAGAUCUUAUUUUAAAUGCAAUUUAGAAGUUAAGUCUACAUGUUGCAUGUUCUUGUUUUUAUCUAAUUUUUAAUUUUUUUGUGUGUCUUUUCAAAAAACAAAAACUUGUCCUUCCACAAUUUUGAUUCCGAAUCAAUGCAAGUUCUUUUCAAGCUAAAAAGAUAGGUCUUAAUAAGUGUUCUACGGGUGCUCUUCUACAUCUAAUGUUAUAAUCGUUGGGAUUAUUUUCUCCUCUGGGUGUCCAAAACAAAGACAUUUAGUACAUAGAAUAUUUUAGGCCGUGGGGUAUUUAAGCAUAUAGCAUUUUAAAAUUAUGUAUAUUUUUAUUUUUUACGGAAGAUAUACAAUAAAUAUCUUUUAUUAUUAUUUA